CCUCUCCGCUCCCAGCCGGAAGGGUGAGAUCGCCUCCUCCAGAACUUGGUGGUGGCAGCGCUGGGAUGGCGACGGCGGCUCGGGAAGGCGGUGGCCCCGGUAUGGACGCCCGGCUGGACCAAGAAACAGCCCGGUGGCUACAGUGGGACAAGAAUCCUUUAACUCUGGAGUCAGUGAAACAACUAAUUGCAGAACAUAAUAAAGAAGAACUACAAAAAUGUUUUGGAGCUCGAAUGGAGUUUGGAACAGCUGGCCUCCGAGCCGCUAUGGGAGUGGGAAUUUCUCAUAUGAAUGACUUGACCAUCAUCCAGACUACACAGCCUUACACAGUCCUGCAUUUGAAACUUUGUGCUGGAAUCAUGAUUACUGCCUCUCACAAUCCAAAGCAGGAUAAUGGUUAUAAGGUCUAUUGGGAUAAUGGAGCUCAGAUCAUCUCUCCUCAUGAUAAAGGGAUUUCUCAGGCUAUUGAGGAAAAUCUAGAGCCAUGGCCACAGGCUUGGGAUGAUUCUUUAAUUAAUGGCAGCCCACUUCCAGUGUCAAGAGCCAUGCUUGUAUGUUUUACGAGUUUCCAUGAUGUGUCUGAUUCUAGGAAUGUGAACAGAGAGACCAAGUUGAAGUUCGUGCACACCUCUGUCCAUGGUGUGGGCCACAACUUCGUGCAGUCGGCUUUCAGGGCUUUUGACUUUGUUCCUCCUGAGGCUGUUCCUGAACAGAAAGUUCCGGAUCCUGAGUUCCCAACAGUGAAAUACCCCAAUCCCGAAGAGGGUAAAGGCGUCUUGACUCUAUCUUUUGCUUUGGCUGACAAAAUCAAGGCCAAAAUCAUUUUAGCAAAUGACCCAGAUGCUGAUAGACUUGCUGUGGCGGAAAAGCAAGACAGUGGUGAAUGGAGAGUGUUUUCUGGCAAUGAGUUGGGGGCCCUCUUGGGCUGGUGGCUCUUUACUUCUUGGAAAGAAAAGAACCAAGAUCCCAGUGCCCUCAAAGACACGUACAUGUUGUCCAGCACUGUCUCCUCCAAAAUCUUGCGGGCCAUUGCCUUAAAGGAGGGUUUUCACUUUGAGGAAACAUUAACUGGCUUUAAGUGGAUGGGAAACCGAGCCAAACAGCUAAUAGACCAGGGGAAGAAUGUCUUAUUUGCAUUCGAAGAAGCUAUCGGAUAUAUGUGCUGCCCUUUUGUUCUGGACAAAGACGGAGUCAGUGCCGCUGUCAUAAGUGCAGAGAUGGCUAGCUUUCUAGCAACCAAGAAUUUGUCUUUGUCUCAGCAGCUAAAGGCCAUCUAUGUCGAGUAUGGCUACCAUAUUACCAAAGCUUCAUAUUUUAUCUGCCAUGAUCAAGGCACCAUUAAAAAAUUAUUUGAAAACCUUAGAAACUAUGAUGGGAAGAAUAAUUAUCCAAAAACUUGUGGCAAAUUUGAAAUUUCUGGCAUUAGGGACCUUACAACUGGCUAUGACGACAGCCAACCUGAUAAAAAAGCUGUUCUCCCUACUAGUAAAAGCAGCCAAAUGAUCACCUUUACCUUUGCUAAUGGCUGCGUGGCCACCAUGCGGACCAGUGGGACAGAGCCCAAAAUUAAGUACUAUUCGGAACUGUGUGCCCCACCUGGAAAUAGUGAUCCUGAGCAGUUGAAGAAACAACUACAGGAAGUAGUCAGUGCUAUUGAAGAACAUUUUUUCCAGCCACAGAAGUAUAACCUGCAGCCAAAGGCAGAAUGAAAUAUUCCAGCUUUGGGCUUAAUUACGUUUACCUACAAUUAAGCUGA